AAAGCAAGCAAUAAAAAGCAAAAAAAACGAAACGAAAAAUUUCAACAAUAUAAAAGCAAAUCAAAACAUGACAAUCGUUGUACUAGAUUAAUUAUUGUGGCAAUUGUGGCGCACCAGCGGCCGGCCGUAAAAUGCCAAGGAACACUUGCAGGCCAAGUGAAUGUGUAGCUAACGGUAAUGGCAACAACAACAACAACAACAACAACAGCAGCGACAAGGCUAACGGUAACCAUGAUGACAGCGGCGCAGCAGCGGCGGGCAGCAGCAGCAGCGCCGGCAGCGGCUGCAUCGUCAAGCAGGAGCUGGAUGCGGCGCCGCCCGUUUGCCACAGAAAAUCGGAGCGUCGAAAAAUCGCACGCGACAUUUUUCUGGUCUUCGAGGAGCAGCCGGCGCGACGUCGUCGCGGACGUGGCGGAGCGCGGGGCACGCGGGCCAAGCAGAAAUUUGGCCACCUAAAAGUGGCCAAUACGCCGCGCAUCAACAAGAAUCUGUUGCGUGACAUCAAAACGGAACCAAAGUGCAGCGCGGCAGCAGCUAAGCCAACAGAGCAGGAGUUGGAGCCAGAGCUGGAGCCGGAGCUGGAGCCGGAGCCGGAGCUGGAGCUGCAGCCAGAGACGGUGGCGCUGCCGGAGCCGUUGCCGGAGAGGCCCAAGGCCAAGCUGGCCGCCGUGAAACUUGAAACCAAAACAGCAUCAAAUGCAACCGGAGCAACUGCAGCAGAAACUGCGCCCGCGACGCAGCAGCAGCUGCCGGCAGCAACAGCAGCUCCAACACCCGCCACGCCCAGCGUAAAUCCCAUCUUCCUGUGGGUCAAGCAGGACGAUACGCGCAUUGUGGAGGUGCGCUGCGAGGAUUACGAUAAGCGUAAUCGUAUACGCCUGACGAAGACAACAAAUGGCUGGCGUUCCAUGCCGCGCACCGAUGCCUCGUCCAGUCGCAUUGUCAAGUUCUUCCACAGCACGGCGGCGGCGCCCUUGCUAAAGGUCAAGCGCGAGCAGCUGCAACAACAGCAAUCCAUGGAGCAGGAACAACAGCAGGACGAGGACGACUCCGCGGAGCAGCAGCAGCAGCAGCAGGAGGAGUGGACUGUUGUGGAGCAGGAGCAGCAGCAGCAGCGGGAAGAGGAGGAGCAGGAGGCGCAGGCUAACAAUCUGGCGGCUGUCAUUGAGCAUGUUGUUGUUGUGCCUGCCCAGCAGCCGGACCAGGAGCAGCAGCAGCACCCGGCCACGCCCACGCCCUCAGCGGAUGCCUGCUUUGAUGCGCUGCUCGACAGCGAGACGAAUGCCUCAACCCGGGCCACCAAGACUAGCACCAGCAAUGCCAAUACGCCCACAUAUCAGAGCUCCCGCUCACGUUCCCGCUCCCGUUCACGUUCCCGCACGGCCACGCCCACGGCUGCGCCACUGGAGCUGCAGCUGUGCCCCAAGACGGGCCUGUUUCUGCCCAAAGGAACAGCUGCAGCCGCCGCUGCCGUCGCUUCGGCUGCACCUCAAGAGCAGGAGCUGGAGCUGGAGCUGGAGCCGGAGCCGGCCAAGCCGCUGGCGGCGCACAGCAGCAGCAGCAGCGUGGAUCAGGCAAAUCUCGAGGCGAACAGCAAGCACUUGAAGGAUCUGCUCGACGAUGCCGACGAUCUGUUGCAGAACUGCAGCAGCGAUAAUGGGAGCAGCGGCGCCGAGCUCCUGGAUUCGCUGGUGCAGCGCAGCUGCGAGGACAACCUGAUGCAGGAGACCAGGCAACAGCAGCCCGAGCUGCAGCUGGCCGGCAAGGAGCUGCCCGGCAUUUUGGCCAUGGACAGCAGCGAUGCGGGGCCCAAGUGUCUGUCCUUCAAUGAAGCCGGCGAGAUCGAGGGACUCAACGGCGAGCUCUUCCUGGGCAUCGAUAGCUUCGACAAGCAGCCCGAAGCGGUAACGGAAACGGAGGCGGAAGCGGACGCCGUGGCAACUGUGCAGCCGGAGCUGGUCGCCGUGCCGGAUGAGUCGCCCAAGGAUUUGAGCUACAAGAAGCGUGAGGAGGUGUGCCCGCCGUCGGAGUCGCGCAGCCAGUGCGCGGUCACCUCCAGUUCGGACAUCCUGAAAUCCAAGUCGCCGGAACCGGAACUGCUGCAGCUGCCGGCGACCAGCAUACCCGCCGAGGUGGAGACCACCUCGGAGACGAUCAAGCAUCUGAUACUCGAACAGUUUCUCAAAUUGAACGGGAACACGCAGCACCAGCAGCAGCAGCAGGCGGAGCCCAUGGAUCUGGGCAAGGCGACGGGUCGCGCCGGCGACAAGCUGCACACGGUCGUCAUCGAUGACGAGGAGGAGGAGGAGACGGAGGCGACGGCGGCGACGGGAGCGACGGCAACGGAACCGAUGGAGCCAUUGAAAAAACGCCCGAAACCCAUCAAAUUGGACAAGGAUCCGGAUGCACUGACCCAGCUAAAGAUGCUGAUCAGCAAUCCGCAGUGGAAGGUGCCCGAUCCCAUACUCGUGCCAAAGGAUCGCCUCGGCGCAGUGCUGGCAUCGCCGGCACGCGAAAUCCCGCUGCUGUUGACGACACGGCCGGAGCUGCGUCUGCCGGAGGCCUUUGCCUAUCCGGAGAUUAUACAGAAUCCCAAUAUAUUGGUCGUCACCAUGGAGCAGCUGGAGGCUAUACUCAAGAACAACUCGGAUCACUCCAAGCCAGGCCUCUGUCAGCCCGUGCAUGCCUCCGCCGCCGCCGCUGCCGUCGCCUCCGCCUCGCCCUGCCCCCUGCCUCCGCUGCAGCCGAGCAGCAAGGCAGCCGUCAGUCCUAGUCCCAGCCUAAUGAAGCAUCCGCCAACUGCAGCCAAGGCAACGCCCCCGCUGCCGCCGUUGCCAUUGCCACAGCUGCCCAUUAAGACGAGCCCGGCCACGCCCAGUUUGGCCGCUGCAGUGCCUCAAUCCUCGCCAGCAGCCGACUCGAGCAUGUCGCAGGAGCUGAAUGCGACCACGCUGGCGCUGCUGCAGCAAAUGCUCUGGCUGCCCUACUUUGGCCAGCUCUCGCAGGAGUUCUUCAAGACUUUGAAGGAUCCCCUCGGACUGCAGCGCAAGUUCAUGAGCAACCUGCUCCCGCUGUACAACAGCCAGUUGGGGCUGCAGCAUCUGGACGAGCUGUACAAGCACUGCCUCAAGCAGAAGCCCGCCAGCGAGGAGCAGGCGGCGACGCCCGCGGCGACGCCCGCGUCGACAGCCAAGCAGCCGGCGGCGGCGGCGGCGGCGGCGGCGACAGCUUUUAAUGGCUUCCCCAAUCCCAUGGAGCUGGCCUUUAUGCAGAAGCUGCUCCAGCAACAGCAGCAGCAGCAGCAUUUGCCCAAGGCCUCCCCGCAGCAACAUCUGCAUCUGGAGCACAAGCGCGCCAGACGCGAUACGGAUGCCACGCCCCUGCACAUACCCGACUUCAACAAGCAGCUGCCCAAGGCGACACCUCCGCCCGCUGCAGCUCCAGUUGCUCCGCCCAAAGCAGCUCCAGCUCCAGCUCCAGCUGUUGCACCGCAGGAGCACAAGCCGCGCCUUACAUGCAAAUCGCUGUCGAAUCUGCUGGAACCCGAAAGCAAUAUGGUGCCGCUGCUGCAAGUGCCCUACGAUGCAGUGCGUCGCAACUCCCUCUACAAGCAGCAGGCGGCGCAGCAGCAGGAGCAGCUGGCCAAGGAGACGAACAAUGGACGCACGCUGCGCAGCAGCAAGGCCUGCAUCAACUACCAGCCCGUGGAGCAGGCCAAGCAAGCCAGUCAGAGCCAACAGCAGCAACAGUUGCAGUUGCAGCAACAGCAACAGUUGCAGCUGCAGCAGCAACAGCAACAGCUGCAGCGGAAGCGUGGCAACAUGUUGGCGCACGAGGUGCAGCAGCAGCAGCAUUUGGCGGAGGCAGCGGCCGCCGCAGCCGCUGGCCUGGACGCCAACUCGGCGCUGUGGCAUCCGCUCUUCGGCAGCAAUCCCAAGCAGGGCUAUAAUAGCCCUUGGCAAUGGACGACGGUGACGGCCACCGGCGAAUGACAGUCAAGCCGGGCUCACAAGGAGCCAGCGCCAACGGCAGCCAACAGCUACGAGGAGCAACCACAGCUCGACUACAACAGCAGCAACGGUUGCAGCUACCAUGCAGCAGCAGCAACAGUUGCCAAGCAGCAGCCCACA